CCCUUCCAAUGGAAAAAUGCUUACAGAAUCCUUCCUCAUCUUCAUCUUCAUCUUCUACCUCAUUUGAUGACCUUCCAAGAGAGAAAUGGUGGGGACUCCAAGAUACUCUCUAUCAAUGGGAAGGGUUCUGGUAUAUACUUCCUCACCUUAAAGCUGCUAUUGCUGCGAGGUCCAACUUUGAGGCUCGUGAUGAUGAUAUUCUCCUAGCUUCCUCCAUGAAGACAGGUACCACUUGGCUCAAGGCUCUUAUACCAUCCAUCAUCAACCAUAAUCCAGGAGGAGAAGAAGAACAAGAAGAUCCUCUGCUCAGAAAACAUCCCAAUGAGCUCAUGCCGUCAUUUGAAGUACAACUUUUCAAAGAAAAUCCAAAUCCAGAUCUUUCAGGUAUGCUCUCUCCAAGACUAUUUCGAACUCACAUGCCAUACACAAUGCUCCCAGAGUCCGUAAAAAAUUCUGGAUGCAAAAUUGUGUAUAUCACACGAGAUCCUAAGGACACAAUCGUGUCAUUAUGGCACUUUUCUAACAAUAAUUUACCGCCAGAACGGUACCCUGUAGCUGUAAGUGAAGCCUUUGAGAGCUUUUGCAAAGGUGUUCAUUCCUACGGGCCUUUCCAUGAUCAUGUUUUAGAGUAUUGGAAGGAAAGUCAAAAGAGACCUGGGAAGAUACUUUUCUUGAAAUAUGAAGAGAUGAAGCAAGACACAAAAGGGCAAGUUCAAAAAUUGGCUUCGUUCCUUGGAAAGCCUUUUGUUAACGAAGAAGAUUUGGAUAAAGUAUUAUGGAGGUGCAACCUGGAUAGGCUCAAGAAUUUAGAGGUUAACAAAACUGGAGUAGAUCCUUGGCUUGGGAUAAUGUAUAAAUCAUAUUUCAGGCUUGGUUCGGUUGGUGACUGGAAGAAUAGCUUAUCACAGGAAAUGAAAGAACGACUUGACGAAGUUACUCGCAAGAAGCUUGAAGGAUCUGGUCUGGUUUUUGGAGCUUAAUUCUUCAAAUGAAAAAUCAUAUGCAUGUAGCAUCGAUCUUGCUGUAGAACUGAUAUCAUUUCUUACUGUGAUUUUGUUUCACAAAUCCUUUUGAUUUCUGAUAGCAUUAGUUUCUUCCCAAU